AUGGAGUCAAAGAGCUCCAGCGACAACCCGACUAACGUCGGCCAGGAGAAGGGCAACACAGUCACUGAGCAGUCUGGAGAUGUCCAAACUGGCGGCGGCUUCGCCUUCCAGGAGGAGUCCUACUGGACCCGAAACGGUCUCACCCUCGAGUCCUUUCAGCGACGCAAGGACACUACCAACGUUGAACUUGAUCGUCGUAUGAAGCCUCGCCAUCUUCAAAUGAUUGCUAUCGGUGGUUCCAUCGGUGCAGGUUUCUUCGUCGGUUCUGGAAAGGCUCUCUACAAUGGCGGUCCUGGAUCUGUUCUUAUUGACUUUUUGCUGAUCGGUGCUAUGAUCUUUAACGUCGUCUUCGCUCUUGGUGAACUUGCCGUCAUGUAUCCCGUGAACGGUGGUUUCUACAUCUACUCGUCUCGCUUCAUCGAUCCUUCUUGGGGUUUCGCCAUGGGUUGGAACUAUGUCGCACAAUGGGCUACCGUCCUACCACUCGAAUUGACCGUCUGCGCUGUCUGUAUCAAAUAUUGGAACGAAGAACUUUCAUCCGGAAUCUUCAUUGCCAUCUUCCUCGUUGCCAUUAUCAUCAUCAACAUCUUUGGUGGUAUCGGUUAUGCUGAGGAAGAGUUUUGGUCGUCCUGCCUGAAGCUUGGAGCUACCGUCGCCUUCAUGUUCAUUUCUGUUGUCCUGGUUUGUGGUGGUGGUCCCGACAACGGCCGCUACAACGAGUACUGGGGUGGUAGGCUUUGGAACGAGGACCCCGGUGCUUUCAAGAACGGCUUCAAGGGAUUCUGUUCAGUCUUCGUCACUGCCGCUUUCUCCUUUGCCGGUACUGAGCUGGUUGGUCUCGCCGCUGCCGAGUCUGAGAACCCUACCAAGGCCCUCCCCGGUGCCAUCAAGCAGGUUUUCUGGCGUAUUACUCUCUUCUACGUUCUCGGCCUUUCCUUCAUUGGUCUUCUUAUCAAGUCCACUGAUGAGCGACUCAACAUUUCCGGAUACGCCAACGCCAAGGCAUCGCCCUUGUCCUCGUUGGCGAGUAUGCUGGUCUUAACGGUCUCAACCACUUCAUGAACGUCAUCAUUCUCGAGUCGGUUCUGUCUCUUGGUGUGUCGUGUGUUUACGGUGGUUCCCGUACCCUGACUGCCAUGGCUCAGAACGGAUAUGCCCCCAAGAUGUUCGCUUACAUUGACCGUGGUGGCCGUCCCCUCAUCUCCGUCCUCGUCCACAUCCUCAUGGGUUUCAUCGCCUUUGUCAACCUUGACCCCAAGGGUGGAGAGAUCUUUGAUUGGCUCCUUGCUCUUUCUGGUCUCUCAACCCUCUUCACCUGGGGUUCCAUCUGCGUUGCCCACAUUCGUUUCCGUAAGGCUUGGGCCCGACAGGGUCACACUCUGGACGAGAUUCCUUUCCAGGCCGCCUUUGGUGUCGCUGGCUCGUACUUUAGUCUUGCUCUGAUCAUUCUCGUCCUUAUCGCU